GUUGUGUGGUUGCAGUUACCUAUUUGUAUAGCAAUUAUUUAUUACUUAUUACAUGCUAAUUAGAAUGUUCUCUGAUGCUAAGAAUAAAUGGGUUUUAGAUUAAUAAUAAAUAAACUUAACAAAUUUCACACAGUUUACAAAUGUUGUCAAUUUAGUGAUUUGUGAUUUGUUGGUUAUGUUAAUCUGUCAAACAUUCCCUUGUUAAAAAAUAUAUUUGACUGAAUACAUUUGUGCAAAUAAAAAAAUAUGUUGCCCCGGUGCUACCUAUUAGCUAAGCAUGUAUGUUACAAAGCUGCAAUCCCAAACUGUGAAAAGACUGGUUCAGUUACCAUAAAUAUAGCUGUAAGAAAAUUAGGUUUAUUACACAGAAAUACACAUGCACUUCCAAUAAAUUAUAUACCGUCAGGUACACGAACUUUCAUGGGGAGUCCGAACUUAUUUAAAAAAAAAGAACCAGGUAAACCACAGGAUGAAAAAGAAGCAACCAGUAGUAAAGUAGAAAGUAGUACAUCAGUUCAAAAAGAAACACCAGUACUUAAAAUAAUAGCCCCUGAAUUAAAAUCGGAUAGUGCUGAUCCUAAAACAAAAGAUAAAAUUGUAUUAGAUAAUGUUAUGGAACAGAGUUUAGAACAAGUAGAAAAAACAAAACCAAUUUUGUCAUCUGAACCAAUGAAAAAGUUAAAAGAGAAAAUUAUUGGUAUUAGUACAGAAAGCACAAGUGAAGAAGCUAAACCACAAGUGAAGAAAAGAAAACGUGUUGAUUUAUCAGCACAAUCUUUAGAGAGAAAUUUUAUUACUCCAGUUAGAGCAAUGUCUGAUUUCUUGUUAAAACCAUCGGACUUGGAGUCAUUACCAAAAACUAAAAGGCGAUCUCCCUAUGAAAAUGAACCACCAAUUACUGUGUAUUGGCGUAAGGAUGUUGAAGCUAAGUCUCUAAAUAUUUGGGGCUCAAAAGAGAAUUUACAAAAAGAACUUAUCAAAAGAGACAUUGAAAGAAAAAAAUAUCAACAAAAUAUUUUUACUAUGAAGCGACGAUUACGUGACUAUAGGCGAGAACUGGGUAAAUCAGCCAACAUAGAAAUUGAUGGUGGUAUUAUGGGAAGAUCAGGCAGAGUGGUAUUAACAGCUAUUGCUAUUAAUGGAACCAAUUGUUUGUUUAAAUUAUUUGCUUGGUUGUAUACAGGCUCACACAGCAUGUUUUCUGAGUGCAUCCAUUCAUUAGCAGAUACGAUAAAUCAGUUGAUUUUGGCAUAUGGAAUUCAUAAAUCUGUCCAAGUUGCUGAUGCUAACCAUCCGUAUGGAUAUUCAAACAUGAAAUAUGUAGCGUCCCUUAUUUCAGGAGUGGGAAUAUUUUGUGUAGGUACUGGACUUUCAAUAUACCAUGGAUGUUCAGGACUGAUUAGACCAGAGCCCAUAGAUGAUUUCUUUUGGGCAUAUUUUAUUUUAGGGGGAUCUUUAGUUUCAGAAGGUGCAACUUGGUUGGUUGCUUACAACUCUAUCCGAAGAGGAGCUCGCAAUAUGAAUGUUCCCGUAAAAGACUAUAUUUUGCGUUCGCAAGAUCCAAGUGUAAAUGUUGUUUUGUUAGAAGAUUUUGCUGCAGUUGUAGGCGUGAUAGUUGCUGGAGGUUGCAUGAGUUUGGCUUCACUUACAGGUAGUUCGAUACCAGAUGCUAUUGGGUCUCUACUUGUUGGAUGUAUCUUGGGUUCAGUUGCGUCUUUUAUUAUUUACACUAAUGUGGCUGCCCUCGUUGGCCGUUCAAUACCAGAAGAAAAUUUAGACAAAAUAAAUGGCGAAUUAGAAACUGAUAUAAUGGUAAGGGCUAUCCAUGAUGUCAAAGGAAUUGACAUGGGAAAUUAUUUAGUAAGAUAUAAAGCUGAAUUGGAUUUUGAUGGGCGUGAAUUAACUCGAAGUUAUUUGGACAAACAAGAUUUAAACAAGUUGCUUGAAGAGGCUAGAAAACUGCAAAAUAUUGAUCAGUUUGAAGAAUUUAUGUUGAAACAUGGAGAAAAUAUUGUGGAUAUGAUGGGAGGGGAAAUUGAUAGAAUUGAAAUGAAACUAAGGAAAAAGCAUCCUGAGAUUAGACAUUGUGAUUUAGAAAUUCUUUAAGCAUAGGAUAUAACAGUUAAAUAAUUUCCUUUUAUAUUGUCUUGUAAAAUAAACAGCAACAGUAUUUAUUUAAUAACAAAUACCAAAUCUUUUUUUGUAA